UCAAAUUUUGAUUUACAAUUUCACCUCGUACGUCGGGAGAUGGACGUCAUUCACAAACAUACAUACGUAUCUACACACAUAUUUGAAAAUCUCAUAAUAUUCACACAUACUAUUUAAAAUGUCAGCGGAAAUCGAGGAUAUAAUAAAACGUUUUCAAAACUAUCCCAAUGUUGUUGGGAUUAUUAUUGUCGACUUGUUUGCGAUACCCAUCAAAACGACAAUGGACUACAAUUUGACUGUGCACUAUGCGACCUUGGUCAGCAAUCUCUUGUCAAAGGCCUCGAAAAUGGUUCACAGCCUAGACAUGACCAAUGAAUUAACAUCGCUACGCCUGCGCACCUCUAAGCAUGAGGUGGUUAUCGUCCCGGAGGAGAACUUCUUCAUUAUUGUUGUGCAGAAUCCAUCUGAAUAAGCAAUGUAUUCGAGUUUUUAUAAAAUGCCCAUCGUUUCCUUCUGUUUUACAUCUUGAAUUUUCAUUAAAGAUAUGUAUACAGCACUUAA